AUGGCGCGCCCGGCGUUCUGCAAGAAACUUGUGGCCACCGGGCUUUCCCCGCACUUCAGAAGCGUCGUCGAAAUUCGCGUCGCGCCGCUGCCGGCUGUUCUGAAACCGACCGAACUGUUGGUUAAGAACCUGUUUGUCGGCAUAAAUGCCAGUGAUAUUAAUUUCACAGCGGGCAGGUACCACCCCAGCGUAAAACCGCCUUUUGAAUGUGGCUUUGAAGCGCUUGGGGAAAUCGUGGAAGCUGGGGGAAAAGUCAAGGAUUUUGCUGUAGGAGAUAUUGCCGUGACACAGGCCUAUGGGGCUUUUGCGGAGUAUCAAGUGGUUUCUACAAGGCAGGCAAAAAAGGCUCCUUCAAGGAAAAAAGAAUGGCUUCCACUUGACCUUAGUGGUACAACGGCGUCCAUCUCUUUAGCAGAGGUUGUGAAGCCUUUGCCUGGAGAGGUGGCAAUUGUAACUGCAGCCAGUGGUGGAACAGGCCAAUUUGCUGUACAGGUCCUCAAGAAGGUGUACCACUGCCGUGUUAUUGGAGUGACCUCGUCUGUGGCGAAGGAAAGCUUCUUGAAAGAGUUGGGCUGUGAUCAUGUGAUUGUGCAAGCACGGGAAAGCAUUGAUGAGGGAAUAAAGCGGAUAGCGCCAACUGGAGUAAAUAUUGCCUAUGAAUCCGUUGGUGGGGAGACGUUUGAAGCUGUCGUUGAAAACCUUUCUCUUCGCGGACGCAUACUUUCAAUUGGGAGUAUAUCUGAAUAUAGCGAUGGAAGUGCUUGGAUGAAGCCUUUUUCAACGUAUGCGCCCUUACAAACAAGACUUUUGUCAAAAAGCGCGACCUUACACACCUUUUUCUUACCACAUUACAGAAAGUACGCUUCUCGACAUUUUACAAUGCUCUGUGAUUUACACAAUUCUGGAAUUGUGAAAAGCUGUGUAGAUCCUUUUGUAUUUAAAGGACUUGAGUCAGUUCCGGAUGCAAUAGACUACAUGUAUAGUCGGAAAAAUCAAGGGAAAGUUGUUGUUGAGCUCUAG